ACGUAUAAAGCAGAGUCAGGUUCCAGCUAAGAAGACUCGUUACUGCUGCUACCAUUACACUACUGCUGCUGCUCAGCAACAACUGCUACUAUACUUAACUAUUAAUAGUACCGUUGCAGAUAACAGGUCUUGCUACAAUUCAACAUGAAGAUAGCUCUUCUUUUGGUGACAUUUAUGACAUUGGGAGGGUCAUCUCUGGCUCUCCAGUGCUAUUCGUGUGAAGUUGUAUCGGGGGAGGAUGCCACCACUCCUAACGAAUGCAGAAUGAAUGUCGAUGAAGUUGAAGAGUGUGCAGAUGGCAUCAGUGAAUGUUACUCUAGGUUCGAGUGCGAGUUAACUCCCAAGGGGGCAUGCCUGAAGAGGACAUUUUCUCGCGGAUGCGUUCCAGAAGACAAAGACUGUGACACAGAACUUACUAAUACUGGAGGAAAAUACGACCUCCAGUGUUGCGGAGAGGAUAGAUGUAAUACCAUUGGAACUACCCAGGUUGCUACAUCUGAAUGAAACCCGUUACGGAGAUCGCAGAUUUCAAGAACUGACCCAGUGGUGCUUCGAGAUAAAAAUUCAUAUAUCGAUGGUGGCGGUCUUUCUCAUUCCUUUCUCCGUGUCUUUCGCUCCCACUUUCACCCCCCUCUCCCCCUCUCUCACUCUCCAUGUAUCCAUACCCUGAGUGGGAGUUCCCCUUCUCCCGUCUCCGCCCCUGUCCAUACCCCUUUCAUAAACCCAUCCUCCAAUUAGCCGCCUAAGAGUAUGCGGAUAAUUCAAUAAAAAUUGCGUUCACAAACUCAGAAAAUAAUCCGCACUAUUUUUACGAGCGCCCGUCCUGAAAAAGGCGGAUAAUCGUCAUGACAACUGCACACGCCCCCUCCGAUGCGGUUGUGUUGGAAAAGGGUGACCUUGUGACCGCACCAUGGCAAUUAUCCGCAUUAUUUGAAAAUGCGUUCAUAAAGUCAAAAUCUGGUCCCGAUGCCACUAUUAUGCGGAUAAUUGCAGCAUCAAAAUAAUGCGGAUAACUCUGGUCCUCCUCCGAUUUUACGACCAAAUUAUGCUGCUAUUAGCCGCAUAAUUGGGUUUAUGAAAGGGGUAAAACGCAUUCCAAAUCUGGUUUACUGAUAACAAAUGAGAAAAUGCCGUUAAAUUAUCAUUGGCCUUUGUGAAUAAUGAAACGCACUCAUCUAUCAUGUAUCGGGCAGAUAAACUGAACGAAAUGAUAGUAAAAUUGUAGUUGUUUUCACCUAAACGCUUUAGAGCAAUAUUAUUGGCCAGAGUAUUCCUAUAGGCUACAUUUUCUUCUUUUUUUCGGGGGGAAGGAUAUGUAAUGUAUUAAUGUAUAUUUUAUUCAAACUGAUAUUGAAUUGAAAACGAUUAUAUAUUUAUCUGAAGCUUUGUUUUCCACUAUCCAAAAUUUUCCCAAAUUAUUCAUACCAGAAUUCGUCGGGUUGAUGACUUCAUAAUUAUUUCAGACAUAAUUCUAUAUUGUGUUAUCGCAUAGUUACUGGUUAUUAUCCCUGUAAUGAACGGAUAGAUACAUCAAUAUUUGCCAAGAUAUUUCUGAUCAAGUCGAAAUAUAGUGAUCUCGGUUCUCGCAUUAUCAUUAUAUUAAUAAAGAAGCCCUAUCAUUAUGAUAAGUAGGGUCGACUGAAAAUUUCAUAUCUGUGAUGCAUAUUCGCAAAUAAACCCGUAUUUUCAUCUUCAUUC